UUGUCAGUCUCAGAUGUCAUUAGCAUGUUGAAAUGUACAAACAACUUUCUUGAUAGAUUUAUAAACGCAGUAAUCUUCUAUCGUCCUCUCAGUGCAAUUUAAAUAGUCGCGCGCUUCUGAGCUUUCAUUACAAACGCCGCCGAUAUGUACUUGAUUAACUUAGCAAAUGGCAUAUCCAGGCGUGCGACAAUUAUUACUGUUUUCCUGCUAGGAGUUUUGUACAAUCCGGUACGAACUCAAAUACCGGACAACUAUGAAAAAUUAUUAGAAAAGAUAUUUGACACCAAUUCAACAUUAAAUAGCAUAUUUGACACCAAAUCUACAGAGCCGGAGCAGGAAUCAAAUUUAGAUUCGCAAGUUAGGAUUUGUGGACUCAACAAGGAAUGUGUUCCACGCAUUCUCUGCAAUAAAGAUGGCACUGUCAAAAUUUAUGGACAAGAUUUGAUCAAUCUUCGCAUGGACAAUGGAAGUCCAUGCACUUAUUUGGAACUCUGCUGCGAUGUAAGCAGUAAAUUACAGCAACCAAAAGCAGAAGAUGUUCCACAGAGAAAUGCUUGCGGUUACCGCAAUUCUAAUGGCAUAUCUUUCAAAAUUACCGGAGCUAAAAAUAAUGAGUCAGAAUUCGCAGAAUUUCCCUGGAUAGUAGCAAUUUACACAAAAUCGGCAAAUAAGAAGGAUUACAAAUGUGGUGGCUCGAUUCUCGCACCAAACGUCGUUCUAACGGCGGCACAUUGUGUCUGGAACCUACAGUCUGCCUCAUUGAUGGUCCGUGCUGGCGAAUGGGAUUUUGAGACCACACUGGAGCCGUUUUUGCAUCAAGAUGCUCGAGUUUCAGAAAUCAUUAGACAUGAGGAUUUUAGUCUCAGCACAAUAUUUAACGACAUCGCUUUAGUGAUAUUGAAAACACCAUUAACUUGGGCACCAAAUGUUCAGCCCAUCUGUUUGCCUGACGCGCAUACAACAUUCGAUAAUAAGCGCUGUUUUGCCUCCGGUUGGGGUCAAGACAAGUUCGGUAGAAAUGGCAUUUACCAGCACAUCUUGAAGAAGAUCGAGUUGCCCAUUGUGCCCCAUGCUACAUGUCAAGCACAAUUGCGUCGCACGCGGCUUAGUCGAUUUUUCCAGCUGGACAAGAGUUUCAUAUGCGCUGGCGGUGAACUCGGUAAAGAUACGUGCAAAGGUGAUGGCGGUUCACCAUUGUCGUGCCCUGAUCCGAAUAAUCCAGGACGCUAUCUUCAAGCUGGUGUCGUUUCUUGGGGUGUCGAAUGUGGUGUGGAGAAUGUUCCUGGUGUAUACGCGAAUGUUGCUUAUUUACGCGAUUGGAUCAUCGAGAAGCUUAUGACAAGAGGAAUUGAUACCAAAUUUUUUACACCAUAAUAAUCAGCAGUUGCCUGUUAAACCCUUCAAAUGGAUACCCGUGGGUCGGUACUGAGGUGUCACUGGACUCUUAGCGUAACUUUCAAUCAAAUUAUAUAUGUAUUUGUAUAUAUUAAUAUAGAAAGUCUCAGAAAUAUGACAAGCAAAA